UCGGGAGUCGGUGCAAGUAGGUGCAAGUAGGUGAAAGUUGGUGUGCCUAUUUGAGAGGACGCAUACUGUGCGAGGACACUUGGGAGUAAAAGAAGAGUUUCUAAGAUAUGCAGGUGUGCGAAAAUAACUGUUGCUCCUGCAUAAGCGGCCCGUGAUACAGGAGUAUUAGUGCGAGAUGCUGGCUGGCAUUGUGUCGUGAAAAAUGUCGAGACGCAACGUCGAGUCGACGGAACGGAACCCCGUUUGAAACGUCCAACGAUAUCCUUUCUUUCGCUUUGUUGCUGCACCGCGCCGAGGGGUUACGAUUAUGAUGAGAUAACGAACGCAGAAUGAGAUACAGCGGCAGUAACCUUCUCGGUUAUGCAGUUUCCGCGUUUAUUCUAUUUUUUAACGUUAUUCGGGCAGAAAGCGGCGUUACCUGCAAAGAUCAACGAGGGCGAUUUUUCGAAAGUGGUUUAUAUUACAUUCCUGGUCCAGAACCUUGUUCGUUGUGCGUUUGCGAUAAUGGCAAUCCCAAAUUGUGUAAAGCAUUCGUUUGCAAGUUUGCAGAGGAAGAUUGUAAAUCUUCCCUACGUGGCGACGUCUGUUGCGAGUAUAUUUGCUUGGAUGAUACACUUUCGUCUCUAUCAAAUGACAAAACCGAUGGGAUUGGCAGCAAUACAACCGAUGCUACUGCAAAUUAUGAUAUAGGACUACGAUCUGUUGCUAGUUUUGUGACAGUUGUGCUGUCAUUGAGUCUAUUAUUUUUCUUAAUACAUCGCUUGCGCCAAAGAAAGAUACGAGUUUGCGUGGCAGGAAGACAGAACAGACAGUUGGCAGAGGACCAAAGAAAUUUAGGUAAUAUGGGAUACUUAGAACGAGAUGGAUUGUCGCAUGGCAUUCCUAUGGACGAUAUUUCGUGUGGAGCUAAUUAUCCAUUAUGGAAACCACCCAGCAAUUACUUUCCACGUGGAGAGGCUCCACCCCCUUAUGAGGAAGCUGUCGCAGCGGCACGAGCAGAGCAGGCUCUUUUAGCUAUGAAUCCGCAAGCACUUCCUCAACUAAAUUUUCCAAAUAGCUAUCUGACAAAUGCUAAUAGCCGUACUAGCGUAUCGCUAGUAGGAAGCACACAAAGUGGAAUAAAUGGAAAUCCAACGACGCUGAUAUGCGACGCUGGUAUCACAGAUUCGAGCGUCUUAAUGUCGACGCCGAGUAGACCAAUUUCAAAUCCAAAUAUAUAUGCUAGUUAUCGUCAAUCGAAUCAAAACGAAGCGCUAUCUCCAGGCGUUAGCGUAGGAACCUCCACUACAAGUUUUACUAUGGGCACGAGUACUUACGAGAAUCUACCUACUCCGAUUGGAAUCCCAAACUUUGCUAGCCAGCAUCCAGAUAUAACUACACAACCUGUGUCUAACUUGCAACCUGUUAUUCCAAAAAGUUAUCAAACGCAUACUACUCUUCCUCGUCAAUCUGGAGCAUUUACAAUAUCCGCGACCUUAUCCAAUUCCAGCGUGACUGCCCACCGUACAAUUCCUAGGACUCUAACCACUCGUACUAGUACGAGAUUACGAGAUAUUAUAAACGAUUGCUCCAAGAACGAAUUUCUACGACCCCCGCCAACCAAUGUUGCCUCGCCAAAUUUGCAACAUUCUGUACAGCAAAACGCUUUAAUCAAUCAAGAAAAUACAAGAGAAAAUACAAAUCCAAGUACAUUUUACGAAGAUUUACAAAUACAGCCUUCAGCGACUCCUUCUUCGUCAGGACUACAACAAACCGAAAGACAAAUGUUAGAUCACAGAUCGGAAAAAUGCAAUGAUUUUAAGCCGCCAUUGAACGUAGCAAAUGAAAUUAACGAAGAAGGAAGUUUCGAAUCGGUAGCUUGUACUUGCAGCAUGCAAGCUCUUCCUACUCUUCACGAUGAUACUGACGAUUAUAGAAGUGAAUGUGAAAAUUGCAAGAGCGCGACAGGUUCUCGUUACUACCUAGAUAACGAGGACGAAUUAGUUACAUCUCCACACGAAACUAUGACAUUACAUAGAAGACCAGAUGAAACAGCUUCGAGUACUACGCCUCAGUAUUAUCGAACUUCGCUUACACUGCCCAUAAGUACCCGUCAACGAACAAGGAGUACCGGAGUUCGAGAAAAUUGGUUCAAUACCAUGCCACAAAGUUCAACAGAAUCGUCGGACGAAAAUUAAUCGCGAGAAUAUAACAUAUAAUUCCCACACAUCAUGUAGCUAUUAAGAUGAUCUAUGAUGCAUUACCAUUGACAAAAUUCAGUAUUAUGGUAGAUGGGCAAUGUUCACGUUUUAUUACGUUGCGGGCAACAAUGUCGUAUUGUUAUUAAUAGAAUGUCGUCGGUUCACUGAAAUGUUUUCUACCUCGUUCACUGACAAAUCUGAACUGUUCAUGUAAUUCAUGUAUUCAGACAGUGCACGAUCUAUGAUGAAGAUUAAUCACAUUUUUGCUUUCACAGUUCUUUACACGUUAUUAUACUGUGGGAGCAAAUUUUAGAUAUACCUAUCGUAGCAUCGCAACUUACAAAUUCUAUAGGUUCGAUUUAACGAAUACUGAAAAAACAAAAUAGCUUUAUAGCAUCUCUAGGAUUUUUUUAAAACUAUGUUUGAUGCAUAUCGUUCGUUACAAAUUAAUCGAGGAGAAUGAAAACUCAAUUUUUAUCGCUUUAUCUCCAUCGGAGUCGAGUAAUAAACUUCAUUAUUCUUGUAAUCACGAAGAACAUGCAUACAUUUCUAGCAACUGGAUAAUACAAUAACGUGUAAAGAGCAGAUUGGUUCACACUAUACGUACUGUUACACAUAACUAGUACAUUAACAUUCUAUUAGCUCGAACAUAAUAUCGUCGAUAGUAAAAGAUUGAAUAUAAAAUACAAAAUGAAACGUUGCACAUAAAUCAGUACCGACUUAAUAACUUAUCACAAUGUCAUUACAUUUACAAUAAUUUUUAGUAUCUUCAUCACGUACGAUUUUUAUAUUCCAUUCAGUAUUUCUUCUGUAUCUUAUUGAGUUACGUGUACCAUACCAUUUUAUGGUAUAAUAUGUUUUAAUUUAGUCGAUAACGUUAUUCAAAAAUUUUCAUCCUAUUCCAACUUUUUCUUAUAAAAAAUUUAAGACUGUAUUUUUACUGUCACAUCCAAUUAGUGAGACGCGUGCAUUCUAAGGUCUUUUGAAAAUACAUAUCAGUGAAAAUCGCAAGGUCAUAUUAAAUAAUCGAAAGAUGACUAUUUUCGAUUGUUAUCAAGUUACAUCAUCAAAUUUGUUAUUCUUAACUUUGUGUUUGAUGUGAAAUGCAGACCUUCGAUACGCUGUGAAGUAACAAUAUUUAUGAUUUCCAUUGUUCGAUUUCAGAAGUUCCAUUGGUUCGAAUAGUGUGAAUCAGCUUUAAUGCGUGUUGUAUACACACAUACGUUAUAUGUUUUUCUAUUAUCAUGCGAACAUUAUUCGUUUCCAUUAUAUUCAUGUGUAUGUGUGUGUACAGAAUCCACAGAUGCAUGCACGCACAAACACACAUAUAACGUCUUUAAACAUAAAUUAAUAC